GUGCUGACGUCGUCGUGCACGGAGUUGUUCAGUCCGUCGGUUAUAAACCGUUUCAGUGCUGGCACAAUCCAUUAAAAAGACCGGUAUCCGCUCUGGGAGGACUACGCACUCUUCGCAUUCUCUCCUUCAUGGUCACUUUUUCUUAUUGUACACAUUGAUUGAAGCAGAAUCGAGUAUCGGCGGUGAAUAGCAAGUUUUAGCAGGAUGCUGUUGCCGGUAAGUCGUGCUUCAUCUCACUUCACUCAUUUCCUCCUACUACUUCCCUCCUUACAGGCAUUCUCGCUGUAUUUUGCAUCAUAUUCCUACACUGCGUGCGCGACUUUGCUCCUCUACGAUAUGCUCCUUCUCCUUCCCACUGAGAUUAACUAUGUAUGGCUUUCCCGACCCUUACGUCCGUGUCUACUGCUGUUCGCGUUGAACCGCUACACACCUUUGAUCGAUACGGCGAUAGCCAUCAACUGGCUCCUGCAUAAAUCCACCCCCGCUCAGUGUCGUCGGUUUUACAUAACCGCAAGUCCAUUCGUACUCGGCGGGAUUUUCACGUCUCAGGUGAUUCUCAUGAUCCGCACCUACGCGAUAUGGGAUAGGCGAAGGGCAAUAUUCUGGUGUUUCAUCGGGACUGGGGUCGUCUGUUUCAUACCAGCGGUUGUUUGCAUGGCUAUAGAACUCAAGACGGUUCAUUUCGUCGUACCGUCGUCCAACCAGCCUGGCUGUUUGAAUGAGUCUUCUGCAAACCUCAUGGCAGCGGUGUAUAUCCUUAUGCUCGUUACGGAUACGAUCAUUGCUUUGAUCACGCUUUUCAAGGGCGUGGAGCACCUUCGUCGGUCGACUCAUCCUUUCCUUAUGGUGUUUUACGCCUCAGGGAUGCUCUUCUACAUAUGUAUCUUCACCAUAUCCCUUGCCAAUAUCCUUCUCCCCAUAUGGGUCCCUAAAUCCACAGCCUUUCUUGGUUGCUUCCAGCGGAUCUUCCAUUCGAUUCUGUGCAACCGCGUUAUGCUGCUUAUCCUCAAGCAGUGUCGACGCCGUCCUACGGAGGAGUUUUGCAUGGACAGCAUUGAAUUGCCUGAUACCGCACGGUAGGUCAUACCCAACUUGUAACUGAAGUACGCAUGUUUAUGACUUUAUUGUACAUAAAAGAUUCACUUAGUGGAGUACAAUACCUACCGGAAAUUGUUGAUAGCAAUACACCAGCUCAAGCUGAAUGCAGUGAGCCACCGCAGAGGCUGGUGCGUUCCUACGGCUAAUAAUAA